AUUUCAAGAGAUGGCUUCACAUUUAAAUCUUACUGAGGAGGCAAACGGAACUCGUUUGAGCAAACUUUUAAUAAAUAAAGGAACGCAAGCCUUGAAAGAUACAUUGCAAUCUUUAUUAAAACCAUCAAGUUUAUCUGCUACACUAAAUGAUCCUUCUGAAAAGAGUAAAUUGAAAUCAAUAAAAGUCAUUGGCAAAGAUCAAUGGGAUCUUCUUUACCCGUCAACUGGUUCACCAGACAUUAAAAACUUUGAUAUCUCAUUGUUGACUGUCUUAUUGCGAAAUAUAUGUGUUCUAAGAGCACCAGCUGGUGGAUGGAAUAGUCUUCCUCCCGCUUCGGAUACCUCAGUCUCAUCCAAUAUUGCAAGAAUAAAGUAUUAUCGAAACAAAGUGUAUGGUCACAUAACCAAAACUAAUAUAGAUGACAGUGAAUAUGAGGACUUGUGGCAGGAAAUUUCAAAAGCAUUGGUUGGUUUGGGUAUUCGACAAACUGAAAUAGAUGAAUUGAAGGAAGCUCCUCUCAGUCUUGAUGAGGCGAAUUACAUUGAAAUGUUGAAAGACUGGCAUAAGAAAGAUAAAACAUUGAUUGAGACGGCGGAGGAAAUCAAAAAUAUUGCUUUUGAUACAACUAAGAAAGUUGAGGAACGCAACGAAGAUGUCAAAGUGAUAAAAAAUGAUCUAGCUGACAUAAAAGAGAUUUUACUUGACAAAACAAGUUCAGAUCUCGAGAAGCUUGCAAAGUUUAACUUUAAUGGUCUCAUCAAAGAACUAAACAAGAUGUACUUCCAAGGCACAAGACAGUGGUUAUUUGAAAAACUUCACAACUGGUUUAACGACAAAAGUGAAGAUGCCUCAAAUGUCAUGGUGUUGAUCGCCGGUCCUGGUGUUGGUAAAAGUGUGUUUGCUGCUGAGGUUUGUCGACGGUAUUCUGAAAAGAAGAAACUGGCUGCUUGUCAUUUCUGCAGAUAUAAUCGAUCAGAUUAUUCUAAUCCUCUAAGGUUAAUUGAAUCAUUUGCCAGUACCAUGUGUGAUGAAAUAUCUGACUUUGAAUCUCAAUUAAAGAAAGGUUUGAACAGAAACCAUUCCAAAAAAUCGAUUUCCGAUGCAUUUCGUGUUUUACUCAAUGAUCCAUUGCAUUCGUUGCAAGAUCAUGAACAAAUGCUUUUGGUCAUUGACGCAUUAGAUGAAAGUCAAGUUAACGGCAAAAGUGAAUUACUAGAGUUGAUAGCGAAAGAAUUUUGCCGACUACCUAAAUGGAUUAAAAUUUUUAUCACUAGUCGUCCAGAACUUCCUGUUCAAAAUGAAUUGAAAGAAAUGAAUCCUGUCGAAAUAAAAACCCAACCUCGUGAUGAAAACAACGAAGAAGACCUGCACAAGUAUUUGAAAUAUCAGUUUAACUAUUGUCGCUCUGGGAACACUGAGUAUUCUGUUUCUGACGACGUUUUAAGAUUGUUAGUUGAAAAAUGUGAAGGGUCUUUUCUUUAUGCUUAUCACGCGCAUCAAGAGCUAAAAUCGGUAGAUGUUGAACUGACCCAGGAAAUUAUUGAACAAUUAGCUCCUCUAGGGUUAAGUGGUUUCUACAAGAAUGAAUUUCUUCGAGUAAAAACAUUAUUAAAAGAGAUAAGUUUAUCGACACACAAUAUUGUUUUUGCAGAUGAAAAUUUUAAGAAGUUUCUUGAAGUGCUGGUGGCCUGUCGAUAUUUUCUGCCCCAGUCGUUUGUUUUCAAGUGUUUAGGCUUACCUGAUGAUAUCAAGUUUGAAGAUAGCAAUAAAAUCAUUGAAAUGAUAUCUCAAAUAUUACCAGCUUACGAUGAUCGUGUAACCGUGUAUCACAAGUCUCUUAUUGAUUGGUUGAAAUCAGAUGGUUAUAAAGGACAUGAGUUUACAGUUGAUUCUCAGUCCAUAGUAAACGGGCAUCAGUUAUUGUGGCGUGCUUGUGAGAAAGAGUUUCAUCACAUUAAGUCGAUAAACAUUUUUGAAGAUAAAAUGAACACUGCUACGACUGAAUAUGCUUUGGAGAAUGGGAUAUAUCAUAUGAUAGAAUGUGGCAAAAAUGUUGACUUUAGUUGGGCAGCAGAUGUCAAAAUUGUUUUCGCGAUAUCCAUGUUGAAAAUAUUUAGAUUCUUACGGAGUAAGUCGGACUUAUUUUAUACAAGGAAUCAACAUGAGAUAAAUAUUUUGUCAGUUACUAGCCAGUGGCGUGUAAUUGUAAAAGAAAGACGAGGUUUCUUGAGUGAAGAUUUACUUCAGGAAUUAUCACGCCUUGUCAGUUCUGGUAUAGGCUGUAUAUCGUUUACACCCAUAUCAUAUUUUUUACAAUUUAUUGCAAAUAGAAUAAAUUUUAGUGACGAGAAAAGAUUAUUGGCAAAGAAUUUAUUGAAACAAGGAAAACUUGUUUGGUUUGAAGAUUUAUUCCCGACUACUCAAACAGAUUAUUCGACCGUCUCCAGCAACACUAAUACCUCCAGCAGAUUUGAUAUUUUCAGUCUUGAUUUUUGGAGACAUUUGCUUUCGAAACAUCUUUGGAGACGUCCUGAGAGGAAUCCUAAGAGGUUUCCUUUCAAAAGUUGCUGUUGCUUUUCACCGGAUGGAUCGUUGUUGGUCGCCUUCGUUCGUUCUGGUCCCGUCAAAAUUGUUCUUUGGCACAUUGAGCGUUCUUCCAUUGUUCAAAAUAUAUCCACGAAAAUGAAGAAUGCUUUAGGAUGUUGGUGGUCGAAUGGUUUACUGUGGAUGUGGGAUGGUUCUGAAUAUUUUUGGAAAAUAUCAAUGUCAUCUAAUUGUUUUGGUGAUAAAAAGGUUAAACAUGUAUACAUUGGAUUCAAACCAAAAGAAUUUUUAACAUUUGGUGACGUCUUAGUUUGCAUUGAUCAAGAAAAUGUCGUUCAAGUUGUUAGAAUUGCCAACGGUGAAAUACGAUAUAACAAGUGUCUUCCUAUCGAUAGUUUUGAUUGCAAAGUAGCUGUAUCACCUGAUAAUUCCGUUAUUUUAAGUGUCAACAAAACAAAGUUUACAAUAUGGAAAUGGAGAAACACAGACGACGAACUUUACCUUGAAGCUUGGCACACUGCAGAAAUACCAGAAAUACCCGAAAAUUCUUACCCUAAAGUAUCUGUAGAAGAUUUCCGCUACAAUUGCAAUUUUACAAAUGAUAGUAAACAAGCGGUCCUAUUUUUAAGUUAUGAAACAAUACGUAAUGCUGUCUGUCUUAUUGAUGUGCAUUCGACUGGGAAUGUGAGCGCUGUUUUGUCAUAUUUGGGAGAUAGCAUAAGCGACGUCUUAUUUGUUUAUAAAUCUUACUGCAUUGGAAAAAAUGACUAUGGCUUUAUAACAGCUCUAGAUUUAAAGAGUGGUGAAAAAUGCGCGUGGAUUGAAAUACACGAAGAUCGUAAUGUCCCUCCUGUGAUAUAUAUGCAUUCCGAAACAGGAACUGUCGCUGUAAUAUCAGGUGGAGAAUUCAAUGAACGCAAAAUUCAAUUUUUUAAAGUUAAUGUUCCUGAAUGAAUUAAUCAUUGAUCAAUAUAACUUACAAAAAAAUGUUGAUAUUUCCUGAUAAAUACGCAUCACUCAAACCAUGAAGUUUUUUAUGUAAUAAAUAGACAAUUAUUGAUGGUGUCUACAAAGAAGUAAAAAAUAUCGCCAAUACACAUUUAAUAUACACGACAACUUUUUUGAAAAUAG